AUGUCAUAUCCUAAAUCUGAUAAGGUGUAUUCUGUGGCUAGAGUCUACGCUGAUGCUAACGAAAAAAGACCUAAAGAAUAUUGGGAUUAUGAAAACUACGAUAUAGAAUGGGGUCAAAUAUCAAACUAUGAAAUCAUAUCCAAGAUAGGACGUGGUAAAUAUUCAGAAGUUUUCCAAGGUCUGAACAUAGUGAAUAAUCAACCUUGUGUCAUUAAAGUACUAAAACCUGUCAAGAUCAAGAAAAUUUAUAGAGAAGUGAAAAUUUUACAAAAUUUAACAGGUGGACCAAAUGUUAUUGCAUUAUUAGAUCUUGUUAAAGAUACACAUUCUAAAAUUCCAGCUUUGAUUUUUGAAGAAGUUAAAAAUGUUGAUUUCAGAACAUUAUAUGCAAAAUUCAAAAGAGGUGACAUUCAAUUUUACUUUACACAAUUAUUAACUGCAUUAGAUUAUUCACACUCUAUGGGGAUCAUUCAUAGAGAUGUCAAACCACAAAACAUUAUGAUAGAUCCUUUCAACAGAAGACUUAGAUUGAUCGAUUGGGGUCUUGCUGAAUUUUAUCAUCCAGGAGUUGAUUAUAACGUUAGAGUUGCAUCUAGAUAUCAUAAAGGUCCAGAAUUACUAGUAAAUUUGAAUCAAUAUGAUUAUUCUUUAGAUCUUUGGUCAGUUGGUGCAAUGUUAGCUGCUAUUAUAUUUAAAAAAGAACCAUUCUUUAGAGGUGAUUCAAACUUCGAUCAAUUGAUUAAAAUUGCUAAAGUUUUAGGUACAGAUGAAUUAUAUGUUUAUUUGAAAAAAUAUGGAUUAAGACUAUCAAAAGAAUAUAAUGAAGUUUUAACACCAUGUCCAAGAAAACCAUGGAGUGCUUUUGUUAAUGAUAAUAAUAAAUAUUUGGUUGAUGAUGAAGUUGUUGAUUUGAUUGAUAAUUUAUUAAGAUAUGAUCAUCAAGAAAGAUUAACUGCUAAAGAAGCUAUGGCUCAUCCUUUCUUCAAAGGAACUCCAAAAGCUUAA